AUGUUCACCACUUCUCUCUUCAUACUUCUUGCCAUUUUGCUUCAGGUCACAUCGGUUUAUUCAGGUAUCUAACCCUUUUCUAAGUGUUUGAAUCAAAUGCGAUUCCAGGAAAAGAGCACAUCGGCGGAGCAUGCCUCGAUCCGCUCAACUUUGGCAAAGCACCUUGCGACAAGACCUGGUCCAUUCGAUACCACAUGGAUGUGCCCACCGAAACUUGUCUAGCCUUCAACUUUACCGGAUGCGGACAAAAUUGGAACAACUUUCCCAGUGUCCUCGCCUGCUAUGAAAAGUGUUUACCGUGUAGGUGAUGCCCAAAUUGAAACUGAAAGUUCUUGUUUUGUCUCGAAUGCCUAUUUUCCAGCAGACUAUCAAAUAUGUCCGGCCGCGAGUAAAAGCUACAAAACCACGCUGGGCAAGGAUUUCUGUCGAAAAGAGUGUGAUUGCGGACCCCGCAAGUACUGUAACAUUGGUGGACAAGCGUUUGGACAGUGCUGUCGAGAAGAUAUCCGAAGUGAGAAAAUUGGCAGAGUGUGCCUCUCACAUUGGAGUUCUGCGCCUUUAAAUUUGAAGCAGAUACGGUAGCUCGUUUUUCUGACGAAAAAGGCAAAUUCCGACAGUUUUCUGAUACAAACAUCAUUAAAAUGGCGUCGUUUAUUUCCAAGAAUGCAUGGAAUCGCACUUCUUGUCAAAAAUCUACCGUAUUCGCUUCAAAUUUAAAGGCGCAGAUCUGGAGCGCGCUUUGAAAAGUGUUAUUUUCAGCCAAAAUCAAUUCGGACUACAAUCCGAAGUGCGCGCGAGGCCAGUCGGUUGUCGAGUACAAAGAGAACGGCGUCGUCACGAAAUUGAUCGGAAAGAAGUGCGCGCACAACUUUUGCCCGCACGGAUCUCGCUGCAUUCAGGGAUAUUUCUUCGCCGCGUGUUGUCUGUAA